UAGGGUCCAAACUGAGGAAUGAGUAAUUUUUCAUGAAUUCUCGCAUUCUAUGUUGCAUUACCAAACAUAAAGCAAGCAGUGAAUUGACACAAUAAAAAUGGAUUCAACAUCCGCUUUUAGUACUCUUCGCCCGAUAUGUGUUACACUCUCCCAAGAACACACAAGAGAAAAUGUAAAAGAACUAAAUGAAAAAUUAGAAGAAUUGGACCAAAAAAGUUUGCAAAGUCUGCAAGAAUAUGUACUGUUUCCACUUCGUUUCAUCUUGAAGCAGUCCAAAAAUACGUCAACAGAGUUCUAUUGUGAUGUCCUGAAUUGCAUGAAUACAAUAUUUAGCAGAACAACAAUGCACAACUGGGAAUUAUUUCAAGGAUUAUUUAACACAUUCUGCAUACUGGUCAGCCCACCACCUAAUCAGAAAAAGAAAGUGGAGGAGAUCCCAGAAGAGCUGAAGCAUGCGACUGUGAAGUGCAUGAGAACUCUUAUUAAACAAGCCCCAGACAGCAUUAUAGAGAAAGUAUAUGCAGUCCCAUUUCUUCCACCCAUGGGGCAUGCUGUAUCUCUACUACUAGACCUCAUAGAGAAAGAAAAACUAAGACAACUCAGGACGGAUGCCAUGGAUGCAUUGCUAGAACUGGCACAAUGCAAUAAGAAAGUGUGCCCUACUAUGGUGAUAUCAGUUGGGAACAUAUUUGCAUCAUUCCUGCCUGGUAUAAGUCUUGCUAUAUAUAGAGUCACCAUGGGUGACACCAAACAAGGACAGAAUGUAACACUGAAUGCCAUUCACUGCUGGACAAAGAUUGUGUGCCUUGUCAUGGGAGAUAAGAUGUUAAAUGCUGCAGAACAAAAAAAUACCAAAUCAUCAGGACAGUCCAGUCAUCACAGUGAGAGUAACAAAUUAGCAGUGACCAGGUGUAAGAGAUGGAGUGAAGACACGGCACACAAACUGAAUAUUCUUGUUCAGAAUAUCGCAACAUUGGUGGGCCACUCUAGCUGGAAAGUUCGCAUGGCUCUCGUUGACUGGGCAGAGGCCCUCAUUACCAAGUGUAACAAAUCAAUGGAAGCUUCUAUUCCUCAUCUGCUUCAAGUAUUAGUUGGUUUAGUGGGAGAUGAUUACCCUAACGUAGCUUCUAAGGCUACUCAGGCCUUACAGCAGUUCAGUAAUGCACAUAUGGCUAACAACCAAUCAAAAUCCUUGGUUGAAAUUCUUGAAGAGAACUUACAUGCACUGGCGACAUCUUUACCAAGAGUUAUAAGAACCAUGGAUGAUAAUAAGAAAAUAUCAACACUACAGUUGUUCAGUGGAUAUCUGAAUUUAUUAGGCCCCAGGAUUAAGGGUCUCAUUCUGUCUUAUCCACAUCUGAAGAGGUUGUCCCUAGCCUUGGUGCAGACACUGGAGCUGGACAUUACAGAUAUCAAAAUUGUGGAGGAUAGGACCUCGGCAUCCACAGAAGCAGCAAUGGGAUAUAUGUCCAGCCAACCAGAAAUAAUCAGACCAAAGAAAUACUUUAAAGAAUUUACAGACGAGCGAAUACACAAAGAGUUGCAGUUAAUCUGCAGGCUAUUGGGUUACUAUGGUGACAUUAACGUCUUGACCGACCAUUUCUUAGAUGUUUUCACUGAAACGAGUCUGCAUCGUAAACAGUCCAUACUCAUUCUGAAUGAGCUAAUGCUAGGAACAACGGGUGAAGGUCUGAAUCUGAACUCUACACCUGGAGCAACCACCUGUUCAGACAGUCCUCAACAUCUAAAGCAUUCCAAAGAAACUAUUGCAGUCAUCAUCAGGUCAUUGGUUGAGACAUACCUAUCUGCAGCAUACUGGAAUAUUCCUGUGUCUAACGCUGAAGCAAUCCGGGGAAUGCAACAACAGGCCAAUCCCUGGCAGCUUAACCAAAGUGGUCGCUUAAAGAAAAACCUUCAUUCUAUUGAAACACUCAACAGCAAUAUAAUGCAACUUUGCCUCAUGCUGGAGGGAUUUGGAAUUUUUGCAAAGGUGCUUGGUGGGGACUUUGAAGUGAUGUUGCAAUAUAUCUUGUAUCCUACAUUAGAGAAACUAGGAGAAGAAUCUGCAUUACUGAGUGAUACUGCUUAUAUUACACUCUGUGACAUCACAAAGCAUGGCAAAUACAGUUCUAUAAAUGACUUACUGUGCAAGAAUGCAGAUUUCAUUGUGUCGUCAAUCUCUCUGAGGCUUCGACAUUUAGGCAGAAACCCAAAUACCCCUCUGGUUCUGAAGGUCCUACUGAAGUACACGGGGAAGGAAAUCAUUCACUACAUUGAUGACACCAUAAGAGAGAUCUUACAGUCACUAGAUGACAAUCAUCAAGAUGAAUGUGAGAUCUUUAUGAAGGUGCUACAUUCCCUUGUAUGUGCAGUACAGAGAUGGUAUCCUCCCCAAACGAAUUCAAGUGAGCAUGGUAGAAUCUCAGAUACAUCGAGGACUGUAAAGCAUCUUAGUGUAGAAGAUGUGAAAACAUUUUUAUUGGAGUACAAAACCCAAAAACGGAUAGCUGAAGGUGAUUUCACUGAUGAGACUGUGAUGGGAGAUGAUGAUGUUGGUGAUGAUGAUAAGGAUAAUGUAGAAGAAGAAAUGGAUCCUACAGAGGGUGACACUGAGAAGAAAGUACCACAACAUAUCAAAGCUGUUUUAGAGGUGCUCACAAGGUGUAUACACAUUUUAUCAACUGGGAAUCCAAGGCUGCGUCUACAGGUUCUAGAUGUUAUAGAGAAUGGAUGUUUGGCUAUGGCAAAUCACAAAGAUGAUCUCCUUCCAAUGGUGCACAAGUUGUGGCCAGCUAUUCUACAAAGAUUCAAGGAUGAUGAAACUUUAGUUACUGUCAGAGCAUUAAAGAUGCUACAAAUAAUGACAGAGAUAAGUGGUGACUUCAUGAGAAGAAGAAUAGUGAAGGAUAUACUUCCAAGACUCAUGGACUUCUUGAAGAAACAAGCACUUAUCAGUGCUAAGGCAGGACAGACAUACAAGUUUACAUCAGUAUGUAAGCUUCAGCUAGCAAUCUUGCAGACAAUGGGUGACAUGGCUAAACAGAUAAACCUACAUGAAAAUGAGAUUGAAUUUGAUCAUGUUCUUACUGCCUUCUUACCAUACUUACACUCAGUGCAACCACAGGUGCUACAAAAGGCUGCCACCAAGAUGUUCCUUGAGAUGAGUUAUGUUGAUCCUGAUGCUGUUUGGUUGAAACUACAAACUGUAAACUUUAACCUGGAUCUCAGACCACCUCAUCCUACCUUCAUUGAUCUACAGGGUGUGAAGUGGAAGGUGAAGACCGAGGACUAUAAAGACAAUGUAGACACAAUUCUAGCAGCGAUGGACUCAUGGCUUGUACACUGACUUUCAUUGCUUAUGCCUUGGUCACAUUUGCUACUGCGCCCAGCCGAUGAGUAUUUUCUCCAAAUUCGGCCGACAAGCCCGGGUAUCGAACGGGCGC